GGGGGUGCUGCGCUGUCUCCUCCUACCUCCUGCAGUUCUCCCCGCUACAGUGUGGAGGCAGAGACAGGCAGCAGAACAGCUCGGGAGCUCAGAGCUGCGCUUUACAACCUGUGGCUGCUGUUUCCCUCUGUAGAUCAUGGCACUCGCUAUUCUGUAGGAAAGAGCCAUCUGCCAGUCCUGUUCACCCACAUCCCAGGAGGGCACACUGCUCUUCUUAAUGUGCCAAGUAGUGCUGUGCAGGUAUAAAGCGCCUACUGAGCUCACCUGGGGGGCUGCUAUAGAGGAGUAUUCCUUCAGGUGCAGAGCACAGCAUGGGUGAGAGUGGAGCUGCAGGGUCCUCUGCUGGAGCCAUAGAUCUGGCCACAGGGUUCUGCUGACUUCUGCCUCCAAGCUGAACAUUUACAACUUGACUCAUUCACCGUUAUGGCAAGAAAUACAGCUCUAUACUUCAGACUGGUGGAGGGGAAGAACCUGCCUGCCAAGGAUGUGUCAGGCACAAGUGACCCAUACUGCAUCGUGAAGGUGGACAAUGAAGUUGUGGCACGAACAGCCACUGUAUGGAGGGACCUGAACCCAUUUUGGGGAGAAGAGUUCACCCUGCAUCUCCCUCUUGGUUUCCAUACCCUCUCUUUCUAUGUGAUGGAUGAAGACACAAUUGGACAUGAUGAUGUAAUUGGCAAGAUAUCACUCAGCAAAGAAUAUAUUGCAUCACAACCACGGGGUAUUGACAGCUGGAUUAACCUGAGCCUUGUGAACCCAGAUGAAGAAGUGCAGGGGGAGAUUUACCUUGAGUUGCACAUAAUGCAGGAUCAUCACAAAAGCAACCUACACUGUCAUGUUAUGGAAGCCAGAGAUCUAGCACCGCGGGACAUUUCUGGAACGUCAGAUCCGUUUGUGCGAAUCUUCUGCAACAAUCAGACUUUGGAGACCUCAGUGAUUAAAAGAACGCGUUUUCCACGUUGGCAUGAAGUACUUGAAUUUGACUUGCGAGGUAUAGAGGAACUAGAUCCUGUAGAUCAAGUGAUCAGUAUUGAAGUUUGGGACUGGGAUAUGGUUGGAAAGAAUGACUUUCUUGGCCGUGUGUGCUUUCCCUUGGAGCCCCUACACAGAAACCCUGCGGUGACUGGCUGGUUUCGCCUCCUGCCUUUUGGAAACGCGGAGGAGGAGAAUGGAGGGAAGCUUGGGUCCUUGCGUGUCAAAGUGAACCUAUCUGAGGAGCGCAUUCUGCCUUCUCUUUAUUAUCAGAACCUCAUUCAGCUCCUUGUGGAGUCAGUUCAAUCCCCUGACCAGGGAGACUCCAGUGUUCUGGAUCUUCUGGAGGAGAUGUGCUCAGCUGAGAGCAGACAAGAAGUAGCUUUGAAGCUGGUGAAAAUUUUUCUAGGCCAAGGACUGGCAGUAACCUUCCUUGACAAACUAAAUAUGAGAGAGGUGAAUCGAACUGGUGACCCAAAUACUCUUUUCCGUUCAAACUCGCUUGCUUCAAAAUCAGUGGAGCAGUAUAUGAAGAUAGUGGGAAUGCCAUUCCUCCAUGAAGUACUACGGCCUAUUAUUUCCAGAAUCUUUGAGGAAAAGAAGUAUGUUGAGCUUGAUCCCUGCAAGAUUGAUCAGAACCGCAGUAGACGUAUCUCCUUUAAAGGUUCAGUUUCAGAACAGCAGAUACGUGAGAGCAGUGUGGAAUCUCUCAGGGGUUACCUGAGUGACAUCAUUGAUGCCAUCCUGGGUUCAGGUGAACAAUGCCCGCCAGGAAUGCGUCUUUGCUUCAAGCAGCUACAUAAGCGGGUUGAGGAACGUUUUCCAGAACCCGCCAACCAGGAUGUGAAGUAUGCGGCCAUCAGUGGUUUCCUUUUCUUGCGCUUUUUUGCACCUGCUAUCCUCACUCCUAAAUUGUUCCACUUACGGGAGCAUCACGCAGAUCCACGCACUGCACGCACUUUACUCCUGCUCGCUAAGGCUGUACAGAGUAUUGGGAAUCUUGGGCAGCAGCUCGGUCAUGGAAAAGAACAGUGGAUGUCUCCUUUACAUCCACUUAUUCAACAGAGCGUUGGGCGUUUGCGGGACUUCUUGGACAAACUUAUAGACAUGGAAAGUGAUGUUGAGUGUGGACAUACGUCUCGUACGCUCUUUCACCCAUCAGUCACUAUUAAAGAAGGAUUCCUGCACAAGCGCAAAGCUGAAGCUGUUCAUUUGGUUACCCGUUUUACAUUCAAGAAAAGAUACUUUUGGCUGAGCAGCCAGACUGUAUCCUACUCCAAAUCCCCAGAUUGGCAGGUUCGUUCCUCUAUACCAGUGCAUCGGAUCUGUGCUGUGGAACGGGUAGAUGAAAAUGCAUUCCAGCAGCCCAACAUGAUGCAGAUCAUAACCCAAGAAAGUGAAGCACAAGGAGGUCAUAUCAUGUAUAUACAGUGCAAGAAUGUAAAUGAGCUGAAUCAAUGGCUGUCUGCACUGCGCAAAGUCAGUUUGUGUAACCAGCGCUUGUUGCCAACCUAUCACCCAGGGGCCUACCGCAAUGGACACUGGACAUGCUGCCUGCAAAAUGAACGUAAAGUUCGUGGGUGCAGCCGUACACAUUUGGCUGUAACGUUGGGGGACUGGAGCGAUCCUCUGGAUCCUGAUGCAGAGGCUCAGGUUCUCUAUCGACAUCUUUUAUCUGUAAAGGACAUACUCAGGAAUAAGUAUCUGGAUGGAGCAGAACGUUCAUUUGUAGGAAAGCGGGAGUCUAAAGGUCACAAUGACAAAGUAUUAGAAGGGUCCACACCAUUGUCUCCUGCCAGGCGGUUACUCUCUGUGAUUGAAGAUUUACAGAAAGCACACCAAGCCUUUGAGAGGAAGGAGCGAGAGGAGACACCUAAUCAUAGUCAAUGUACCUAGAACUUAAUUCCAACUUGUUUACCAAGCUCUUUAUAUUGCUCUUCACACUUGGCCAAGUUUCCUAAAAUUUUUGUACUUUUUUUUUUUUUUCUCCGAGGUUCCACAUUCCAAAAAUAAAAAAAAGAAUCUGACAACAAAGAUAAAUUUGCCUUGUUCUAUUUGUAUCCUUUCUCAGGGGAGGGCCACAAAGUCAGAAUUACCUUGCUUCCUUGGCGUAAAUGGAAAUGUAUCUGUCAGCAGUUUCAAGCUCUGUCCCCGUAGGCCUGAGUUGGGCAGGUUUUAAAUGCCAUCAUUUAUCAUUUAGUGUCCCCCAGUUGUUGCGCAAUUUAAAAAGUGUAGUGUAUAUAUUACCCUAUUGAGCACCAUUGCAUCAUAUUGGUCAUCCAUAAUUCAUCACCCACUGUGCCCAGUAAGGUGUUUUUAUUUACACUUGUCAGCUAUACAGAAGUCAUCAUUCCUGACUAGUUACCAAAACUAUUGUAACUCCUGGUCUUUAUUUGCCUUUUGAGUUCUUUAACCCCUUAGGGACCUAUGUUCAGCGUUUUUCCAUUUUUGCAUUUUCAUUUUUUCCUCAUCACCUUCUAAAAAUCAUAACGCUUUCAAUUUUGCACAUAAAAUUCCAUAUUAUGGCUUAUUUUUUGCGCCACCAAUUCUGCUAUGCAGUUACUUUAAUCAUUUUACCCAAAAAUCCACGGCGAAACAGAAAAAAAUUCAUUGUGUGACAAAAUUGAAGAAAGAAUUAAAUUUUGUAAAUUUUGUGGGCUUCCGUUUCUACGCAGUGCAUUUUUCGGUAAAAAUGACACCUUAUCUUUAUUCUGUAGGUCCAUACGGUUAAAAUGAUACCCUACUUAUAUAGGUUUGAUUUUGUCGUACUUCUGGAAAAAAUCAUAACUACAUGCAGGAAAAUUUCUAUGUUAAAAAUUCUCAUCUUCUAACCCCUAUAACUUUUUUAUUUUUCCGCAUACGGGCCGGUAUGAGGACUCAUAUUUUGCGCCGUGUUCUGAAGUUUUUAUCGGUACCAUUUUUGUAUUGAUCUGACUUUUUGAUCGCUUUUUAUUCAUUUUUCAUGAUCUAAAAAGUGACCAAAAAUACGCUAUUUUGGACUUUGGAAUUUUUUUGCGCAUACGCCAUUGACCGUGCGAUUUAAUUAACAAUAUAUUUUUAUAGUUCGGACAUUUCCGCACGCAGCGAUACCACAUAUGUUUAUUUUUAUUUACACAGUUUUCUUUUUUAUGGGAAAAGGGGGUGAUUCAAACUUUUAUUAGGGAAGGGGUUAAAUGACCUUUGUUUUUCACUUUUUUUUUUUUGCAGUGUUAUAGCUCCCAUAGAGACCUAUAACACUGCACACACUGAUCUCUUAUGCUGAUCCCUGCAAAGCCAUAGCUUUGCACGGAUCAGUGAGAUAGGGGCUCGAUUGCUCAAGCCUGUAGCUCAGGCUUGGAGCAAUCAAACCCCGAUCGGACGCCGCGGAGACAGGUAAGGAGACCUCCGCCUGCGUCCCAGCUGAUCGGAACAUCACAAUUUUAUCACGAUGUCCCGAUCAGCCCGACUGAGCUGCCGGGAAGCAUUUACUUUCACUUUCAGACGCGGCGGUCAACUUGUUAACGGUUAAUAGCGCGCGGCACAAUGAUCGGUGCUGCGCGCUGUUAGCCCAGGGUCCUGGCUAUGAAUAGCAGCCGGGACCGACCCGGUGUGAUGCGGGGUCACGUCGUGACCCUGUUUUAAUCACCGGGGCUGGGCUCAGGGCGUACAGGUACGCCCUGAGUCCUUAAGGAUCGGGGAUGCAGGGCGUAUGCAUACGCCCUGCGUCCCCAAGAGGUUAAACAAGACACACAUUUGUCACAUCGUUGUUCUGUAUUAAUUGAGUAAUUUCAUCGAGAUGGUUUCUUUUCUAAAGAGUAAAGGCUUUUGGAAUGUUACAAGUACUAAAAACUGAGUGUCUCGCUUACCUGCAAACUGCUUUCUGCUGUCUGUUGUUGGGGAAUUCCAUCUUUAGCAACAGUGAAACAAUGAUGGAAUAACGGUGGUGGGGGCAUGGCUUAGUUAGUGCUGUGCAGUGGAGAGAGGCUUAGAUUGCAUUCACAAAGCCCAGACAGUCUGCUUUCAUUAGAGGCUUAACACUGUGCCUGAAAGGUAAAUCAAGGCUACCACCUAUAAAAUGUGGGAAACAUUCCUUUGUGGAGUUUAUCAUCAGUAACAACAGUUCACUGCAUAGGCCAGGGCUGCUUUUGUUAUUAAAACUUUUCACUACUGUAUUCUCCUCCUUUGCCUUCCUUUAGAUUGGGAUCAUCAUCAU